GCGUAACACGUCGGCGCAUAAUAUCCGCACCGCAGUCGCGGGACACGGACACUCGACAUUCAGUAAAGUAACAGCCACGCGCGCGGGAGUCUCUCGUGCGUCUCAGCAAACAACGACUGUUCAAUCGGAGAUCAUCGCCACGGGUCGUCUCGAAUGCGCUGCACGGGCAACGUCAGGUGUACUCGCGGGACGUGACUUUGUUCGCAUAUCGCCCCGUAUACGCGCGGACGGCAAACACUGUUCUUGAGAUCGCGACCACGGCGGUCGAAUAUUUUCGACGACGUAGUAGCACGACAACCGUCGCUCAUUCGUUUACUGUCACAACGGAUAUCGCGCCCCCGCGGUGGCUGCGAUGAUUCUUAGUGCCGGCGCCGAUUGCUGCACCGAUUCGACGGCGGCCUCGACGACUACCGGCGAUUCGACCAUGAUGAUGGCGAAUCUGCAACAAACGCAGCAAGACGAACCCUCGACAGAUUUCUGGUGGUGGUCAACGACGACGGCCCAACAGCCCGACGGCGGCCCGGUUGCCGGACACCAACACCAACAAAUAUCGUCGUCUUCCCAACAGCAGCAGCAGCAGCAGCAGCAGCAGCAGCAGUUGCAGCAGCAACAGCAACACCAACAAAUGGAUACCAGUGGUGGUGGCGACAACGACGACGAGUUCGACGGUUUCGACCUGUCGCUGUUGAUAAACGGCUGUGCCGAAGGAUAUUUCAGCGACGCCUCGUCGGCCGACUGUCGCGUACCGGCGGCCGCUAUUUCUGCGACCGUUACGGUGCACACGAACGCCAUGCUGAACGCCGACAGUGAAUGCGAUUAUUACCCGGCGACCACGACGACAACGGCGGCCGUUACGUCACAGCAGCAACAACAACUGGACCUGCAACAACUGUUGUCCAUAUACGACGACAUGUGCUUUUUCAGCGGCGACGCCACCGAGGACGACAUAAAACCUUCGCCGAUCUUCCACAUGCAACAGUCACCAGCCGCGGCCGUUGUGACCACCACGACCAACGACGGUGACAACGUACGUCGAACCAAGACCGCCACCAGCCCCGCGGCCGUCGUACCCAGCAUGGUCAAUACGGCGGCUACGGCACCGCCACCGCCUCCGCCGCCGUCGCCACCACCGGCAACGACGACAACGACCAGCCACGUCGACAGCGCCUCCAAGACCACUCUGCUGAGAUCGCUUCUGACGGCCUCGACACCGCUGCCGGCGAUUGAACUUCUAUCGUCCGCUGCUGUUCAACCGAGUGAUUCGACCGCGGUAGUGGAAUCCACCACCGAAGCGGUCACGGCCAUCACGACGACAACGAGCAGUUUCCCCGCGGCGACGCCGCCAGCAACGGCGGCCAGCAAAGGCAACAAACAUCGAUUGUUGAUAGAAAUGUUGCGAGGCGUUAAAAACGACGAUGUCGUCGUCCCGACAGCGGCCGUUCGACCCGCGAGGCGCAGACCGCGUACAGCGGCUUUCGGUACGGACGACGAUGGAGAGAUCCCGUGCGGAUCCCGUCGUCGAAUGGACGCGACUCCGUCGCCGAAGACCGAUGACGGACAAGGUCUCCGGCAAGACGAAAUGAACGACGAAGAGCUACUGUUGUACGGCGGUCCUUACUAUUCCGUGACCGCUUCGUCGUCGUGGCUAGACCGUAUGGUAGCCGCUGCCGCGGCCGAUACAACGGGUAAUUGUGGCAUGCCCUGGAAUAUCCUAACACAGCAGCAACAGCAACAACAGCAACCGCAACAACAACUAGAGUUGAACCGGUGCGGAAAUCCUGAACAACGAAACACCGAAGCCGACGGUGGUCGCGAUAACAUCGAUAACAUUGUGGACAACUCCUACGGUUUGGGCAACGACUUUUGCAACGACUACAGCAUCGAUGGCAGCGGAAUAUUCGACCAAAGCGGCAUGGACCCCGGAUACUUCUCCGUGGCUUCGAACGAAGUCGCGUACAGCCCGCCGACUGCAGCGCAAGUGCCGUCCGUUACGCCACCACCAGCGUCGUGCAGCGACCCUUCGACGACAACCAACGCGAGCGACGACGGCAUGGUGCAGCAAACGUGUUGGAAGACGACCGAAGCCGCGGUGUCGGAUGAUUAUUACGACCGGCUACUGCUGACGGUCAUGAUGGAGGCAGCGACAGCGGAGCCGCAGGACGAAGACAUCAAGCCCACGCCGAUUUUCCAUCUGCAGAAGCCGUCAGCCGCGGCCGCGUUGGUGACGACCACCAGCACGACCGGCUGCGACGGCGUGGCCGGGACCGCCGAAAACGUAGGCAACAGCUGUAUCAGCAGCAGCACGGCCAACGGCAACGGAUCAUCGGCAGACGGCGACGGCAGUGGCGACGCGGACUCUAACGAACCGGACGUGCUGGCGCAAUUGAAGCCUCCCGUCGUUGCGGAACCACGGAUCGCGACCGUCAUGGUACCGAGCACCGUUACCAUCCCUGCACUGGCGAACAAGGCUUCGGCGGGUGCGAACGGCACGUCGUCGUCGCAACACAUCCACCUGUGGCAGUUCCUCAAAGAGCUGUUGAUAACGUCGUCCGCGGCCGCCGAGCAGACCGCGACCGCCGACGAGGACGUCGCCGCUCACGUGUCGCCGCCGUCGUCUCCGGCCGCGUCGACAACGUCCAACGCCGAGCUCUCGCCACCAUCGGCCGCCGGCACCGCCACCGCGAGCAGACAGCAGCAACAGAUGAUCCGGUGGCUGGAUCGGAAACAGGGCGUGUUCAAGAUCGAAGACAGCCAAGCGGUGGCGCGCCUGUGGGGCCGCCGAAAGAACCGGCCGGCUAUGAACUACGACAAGCUGUCCCGGAGUCUGCGGCAGUACUACAAAAAAGGUAUCAUGCGGAAGACGGAACGCUCGCAGCGACUCGUCUAUCAAUUCUGUCACCCGUACAACGCCUAAACACUCGACAGCCAAAUCGCACAAACCAGGGCUGCGAAACUGCGCGUUAACCAAUACGCGUGAUUUCCCGGUUCAGCUUCUUUCUCGACGUCAAAACCACACCCUAGUGGUCUAUUCUUCUAUUUAUUCCUACACAUUGUAUAUUUUCUCUGCACGCAAUUCCUUAUUGUCGUAUACUGCGUAAUAUAUAUAUAUAUAGCCACGUAGUUGUCAGUGCCUAACGGCGGUUAAGGUGCUGAUAAGUCGAAUCGGUGGCGGUAAGCGUUUACUCGUACUAGUUGCAAACGCAUUACGUCGCGUAGCACCUCCGACCAGUGACCAGUGGUCAAUGUUUCGGCGGACGUACGCGACACUCUGCGGUCGGCCAUGUCGUACUCGCUGGCACGCCGUGGACGGCGGUGGACGGGCGGCGUGCGCAGUGCCGCUUACGGCGAGCGAUAAUCGCGGAAGGUAAUUUUCGCGAACACCGUCGCCACACAUCGCGUUCGGGGUUACGGGGUUGGGGGGGCUUGAGCGGGCGCGAGCUUUGGUUCGUUGUCGAUAACGCGUUUUUUCGCGUCUUCUCCAUUCGACAGCAGUGCGCCAACCGCGUCACGCAUACCGACGGGCAAGUUCGUUCGUCGCGCGCGUAUGCCCAACAGAGUCAUCGUGCCGCGCAAGGUUUUCGCGGCCGUUGGCGUUCACGUGAGCUCUCGUGAUAUUCGGCUCCGCUUGCUAAGGGUUGAUGGGGGGAGGGGGUGUUAAGCGUCUCGAGCGCAUAUUUUUUUUUCAUUUUGAUUUAAAAAACCAUCCAAUCGUCGAUGCCGAUCGGCGGUGUUUUCGGGUGGUUGUUAUCGGUCCCAUAUAUCAAUGAUAUAUUGUCUAUUUCGUACGUUCUGUGAACAUGUUUUUAUUGUAAUUAUAAAAUAUUAUAUAUUAUAAUCGUUUAUCAUAAUAAUAAUAA